GUCGCCGGUGGCGGAAGUGGGUUUGUUUUGAUGCCGCGCCGACUGCGUCCAACGUGUGUCUGUGUGUGUGUUUGUCCGCCGCUUCUUCUCCCGUCAUGUGCUCCGUGGUUCUACCGACAACCGGUGUAAUGUCCGCCGAGGAGAGCCGAGUGGAAGACGGCGGACCGGGGGAGGAGGAGGAGGACGAGCCGAGGGGGACGAAGAGGAAGAUCUCUCUCGCCAAUUGUGUCGUGUGUCGAUCAGAGGAGGCAAAGUACAGAUGUCCUGCCUGCCUUACCCAUUCGUGCAGCUUGGUGUGUGUGAAGAAACACAAAGAAGAUUCCGGAUGCAGCGGAGUCCGAGAUAAAACUGCCUUUGUGUCCCUGACACAGUUUGAUGAAAUGGCGCUUCUCAGUGACUACAGGUUUCUGGAGGACACAGGUCGAUUUGCUGAUGGCACCACCAGGGACAAUCUCAUCCGGGCUCCUCGCACCACUUUUAAAGCAAAGAGGCUGGCAGCCAGCGGCAGGAAGAUGAACAUCACGCUGAGGUUCCUCCCCAUCACCUUCACUAAGAGCAGAGAAAACUCCACCUUCUUCCUUUCAAAGGAAAAACAGUUCAUGUGGCACCUGAAGCUCAUCUUCCCUCAGAGCGGCGCAGAGUUCAGUCAGAGGAGGGUGUCCGACAGACAAACCUUGAAGCAGAUCUUGACUCCUUACAUCCACCCUACAGAGUCGGACCCUGUGACACGACAAAAGUUGAAGAUGUAUGUGCAAGCCCCAUCCGAUCAUGUGAAAGUCUUCCUGAAGGCAGAGGGGAGGAAGGCCAACUCUGUGAGGUACCACGUAUUGGACAUUGAGAAGAGCCUGAGGGACACCCUAAGCUACAAAACACUGAUUGAAUAUCCUGUGCUGCAUGUUGUGCUCAAAGACAAUUGGAAGGAGUAUCCACUGAAAGGACCAGUCAGGGGCGAUGAUCUCACAUCUGACUGCGCAUCCCUCGGUGAGGGUGGACGCAGAGACCCCAACUCAUUAACUGCGCCUACGGAGGCGAUGAAAGGAGCUCUGAAGGACCUGAAUCUGAACAUUGUGGAGAUGACUGACGAGAACGCCACAUUGGACGGAGGAGAUGUGCUUUUCACAGGUCGCGAGUUCUUCGUGGGCCUUUCCAAGCGGACCAAUCAGAGAGGAGCCGAGAUCCUAGCCGAUGCUUUCAAGGACUACGCUGUGUCCACUGUGCCCAUGCUGGAGGCGCUGCACCUGAAAAGCUUCUGCAGCAUGGGGGGGCCGGGCCUCAUCAUCAUCGGCUCUAGUGAACCAGCACAGAAAGCUCUCAAAAUCAUGCAGCAGAUGAGCGACCACCGCUACGACAAGCUGACCGUGCCCGACGACCUUGCUGCCAACUGCAUCUACAUGAACCUGCCCAAUAAGGGACACGUGCUCCUGCACUGCACGGCGGAGGAGUUUCCGGAGAGCACCAAGGUGUUUGAGAAGCUGAAGGACUACACACUGAUCCCUGUGUCCAACAUGGAGAAGGUCAAAUUGGAUGGAGCCCUCACAUGCUGCUCUGUGCUCAUCAACAAGAAGGGCAACAACUGAGCGUGCUCACCGGGCGGGGGGGGGGCUGCUUGGUUACCAAGGAUCUGGAUGGUAACCAAGCAGAUCCUUGGUGUCCCAUCACCAAGGAUCCCGAGGUUUGACCAAACGAUGUUGGCACUAAGAGUAAAGGAUAAGCAAGUGUGUUCAUGCUGAGGCACAAUAACAAUAAAUACUUUACUUCAAAAUACAUUAAAAAGUUAGUUAUAGAUCAUCUUUGUCUCUAUAGGAAUUAAGGUGUAGGCAUAAAAUUAGUGUUAUUUCUAAUCUUGACUUUCUAACAUUUCCUACAAAAAGUCGCAAAAGAAUAGGCCCCUGUUGAGUCAUGCUUUUCUGAGAGUGAAUUAGUCUAUGAAAUAUUAAAAUAUGAUGCUAAUUAGCUACGAGUAGCCCCCCGCCCCUAUCCCAGUCAUCGCCCGGGACCAAGAAAACUGUAUGGAUGUGUUUGCCCAGUUGUACAGUUUAACCAGACUUAGAUACACAGCUCACAGACAUCUACAAUGAUAAGUGUACCGCGACCCGGAGGGGUCAUGAGAGAGGGGAAAAAAGUGUAUUAUAUAUAUCGAGACUACGUUUUACUACAUUUAGAACAAUGGAAGUUAGAGAGGAAUUGAAAUGUUGAUUGUACCCCACAGACAUUUGAAUUCAUCAAAUUGCAAUAGACAAUAGGAGUUAGCGAUGAGGAUUUUUAACACAAAGUUUGUACCAGAUACAUGAAAACUUGGUGACUUCUGAUUUGGUACUGUACCUGCCGAUUUACGAUAUAAGGUGGUGUAUGUGUCCUCCGACCUUGGUUUAGGUCAUCAACAACACAUGAACAUUUUAUCAAGUUCCAUACAGCUCUGACAUAAACUAUCUUUGCAAUAUCCAUUUUGCCAAAUACCGGAUAUCAGUGAGAAUCCAAUUUGAAUUGUGGGAUUGAGAGGAAAAAGAAUUUACGAUAUGUUCUUGUUCUCUAAGACUUUCACAACGCAACACUUUGGAAAGUUAGAAAGAAGCUGCCUUGAGUACAGUGUUCUGGGGAGACGGGCUCGUUUCGUUGCGCCGCUUUCUGACUAAAUACACUUAACUCGUGCACAUAGAUUAAUCAUAACUUGGGAACAGAUUGUAUAUCGUGUGCACACGGUAGCAUUUUUAAACGCUCAAUGUCAGAAAACGUGGCCUCGGUAUGUGAUUUUUUCCCCCGUCUAUGGCCGCUCUCGGGCUCCUCGUGAAUGUAUACAGAUUGUUUAAACUGUUCACAUGCGCCAUUUUAACUGUGAAUUUAUUUGGUUAUAUAAUAGCCACGGGACUUGGUUUGUAAUCCCUUUAUUUUUUUCCAACAACUGCAUUUUGGAGAAGAGGGUGGAGGAAACAAAUCCGAAAAACCUCAAUGUCACUGUUGCUAUUUGCGGUUUAAAACAUUUUUUUUUUAAGCAUAAUGUCACGGCUGUAGUUCAUUUAACGGCAACAUAAUGCAUCUUACAAAAGAAUGUGAAAAGCCGCCUAUCAGGAUGGAUUCCGAAAAUGCCGUUCUUGAAAACUCCCACUUGAUUGAUAUGAUCAGCGACGUGAUUUUAUUUUCAUUUGUUUGUGACUGGCGGUGAUUUUCUGAUUGAAUUUGAAAGUACUGCCGCUGCGACCUGAGCUGCUCUUGCUCUCCUGUGCCUGCCGAUUUCCUUUCGUAGACUACCGGAGGCCAUUGACUGAUGCUCAGCAACAGCCGCCACCAGCUGGAGCAGCCGACGCUCGUACAGCUGCUAAUAUAUUCCACGGGAGACCAUCUGUGGCCGUUUAGUUUGCAGCAAUUUCCAGCAUCCCUCCCGGGUAAGCGUGUCUUAUUUCGCGGGGGGCACAAACUUAAUCGCCUGUGCCAAAAACCCCGCAAAAGGACAGAUGAAGAGCUGCCGCCUGCGAAAGGAAAUGUGUGUUUUCCCCAUUUUCCUCAUGCCGAUAUAACACCUCUCCUCCUUUAGAUGUGUAAACGCCUGCAUGGAAAAUCUGCUGAAUGAUUCUGAGGGCACUGUAUCGCAUCACAUCGCAUGGUGAUGCCUGGGUUGUCGAAGACACUGGUUUCCUUUUGUUUUUUAUAUAAUUUCCCCCCCCCCCGUCUGGCAGUUUUCACUCCACGUCAGGCCGCGAAACUCCCACUAAAUCCAGUGUCACCGAAUGCGACUGCAGUGAGAGAAUUGGCGCCGAGCAUGCGAGAACAAACUCACCGUGCCAGUUCGCUGUGUUUCCAUGUGUGCACACGAUUGGCCGCCGCCGCCGCCGCCAGCCAGAGUUCUGAAGGAAGUGGGCGAGCUCUGUGUUUUCGCGGCCUUAGCGAGCUCUGUUGUUGCCGAAAUUCGUGGGGUUUUUUCGCAGGGGCCCUGCAGACGUGACGGCGUGGCCGACAUGUUGCUGUGAAUACACCAUAUACUUUUAGGCCGAGGGCCCCCGUCACAUUCUGAAACCGUGUGGUUUCUCAUUGUGAUUGGAUGUGAACGUCGAGGAAAUGACAUCAGGAGGUGAUUCAGCCUCCCCUUUCCGUAGACACUGGCGUACGGGGCAAGUGGGCAGUGAUGAAACAUGGAAAGAAUUCCUGUCGGGAGGAGAGGCUCCGACGCCAGUAAACACUGGCUCUCUCAAACGUCCUCUGUCUCUGGAGGGCCAGUCACACGCUGUCUGAUUGCCACAUGGCUUCGCCGUUUGGGUUUUUCGGCAGAGUCUUUCAAGAUCUAAAAUCGCCAUCACCUCUCGCGCUGCACCAAACCGCCUCUCGGUCGCACAGCUCUGGGACACCGCAACCUUUUUCCUACUGCUGAUUUAAAAAUCUAAAUAACACAUUUUAUAUAUAUAUAUAUAUAUAUAUAUAUAUAUAUAUAUAAAAGGAAUUUUGCCCUUGGCCCGACGAGGCUGCGUGUGAGUAACUGCUCCCGACUCUCACCGAACCCCUCACUCCCGAUCCCAGUAGUCGUGAUGCUGUGAGUGCACGUGUUCACACUCGGGUCUCUUGCUUUUUUUCUGAGUAAUGAUCAUUUGUGUCAUGUUAAGCUGAACCUGUCCUUGACUUCCUGUAAUAAAUGAACAUCCACCAUU